UAGGGUAAUCCAAAGGUCUGUCGUGUCCAGGCGGAAUAGCUGUCAGAGCUGGAAGUGGAAAACUACACCAGAAACGAGGAUUUGGACAGUCUGGAACAUCCAUUAUGUCAAAGCUGAGUGGGAAAGUCCAGACCGUCCUGGGACUGGUGGAUCCUGACCAACUGGGCCGCACCAUGACCCAUGAACAUCUGACCAUGAGCUUCGAGUGCUGCUACUUUCCCCCAAGUCCAGGCGAUGAAGCAGUGGCAGAGAACCCCUUCCAGAUGCAGCACAUGUACUGGCUGAGACAGAACCAGUACAGCUGCCACGAGAACCUGCUCCUGCAUCAGGAGGUCGGCGCUGUGCGAGAAGAGCUACUGGCCUACAGGAAGGCUGGAGGAGGAGCCAUAGUGGAGAACACCACCACAGGCAUCGAGCGGGACAUGCCUACCCUAAAGCAGCUGGCCAAAGACACCGGGGUCCACAUCAUCGCUGGUGCAGGCUACUAUGUGGACUGCACCCACUCAGAGACCACCAGGAAAACGAGUGUGGAGAAGCUUACUGACAUCAUCAUCAGCGAGGUGCUACACGGUGCUGACGGCACAGACAUCCGCUGUGGUGUGAUUGGAGAGAUCGGCACCGGCUGGCCCAUCACAGACAGCGAGAAGAAGGUGCUGAAAGCCACGGCUCACGCUCAGGCCCAGCUCGGCUGCCCCGUCAUCAUCCAUCCUGGCAGGGAUCCCGCUGCUCCGGCUGAAGUCGUUCGUAUUCUCCAGGAGGCCGGCGGUGACAUCAGAAAAACUGUCAUGUCACACCUGGACAGGACUAUUUUUGAUAAUGGUGAACUGCUGGAGUUCGCUAAACUGGGGAGUUACCUGGAGUAUGAUCUUUUUGGAGUGGAGAUGCUCAACUACAGCUAUAACUUGUCUGUUGACAUGCCCAGUGACAGCCAGCGGGUCCAGGCCUUGGCGUUCCUGGUGAAGGAAGGCUACGAGGACAGGAUAGUGAUCGCGCAUGACAUCCACACCAAAAACCGGCUCACGAAAUUUGGCGGCCACGGUUACUCGCACAUCCUGAAGAACAUUGUGCCAAAGAUGCUGAGGAGGGGCAUCUCUCAACACCAAGUGGACAAGAUCCUCAUUGACAACCCUAAAGAAUGGCUGACCUUCAAAUGAGAGGAGAUAGUUUAAUGCAGCUGGUAUUUUAUCUUCUGAUCAUGAGGUGGGAAAACAGAAAAUAUGCAUUUCAGCUACAAUAAUAAUGAGUUCAAAAGUGACUGAGUAAAUAUUCUUUUGGACUAUUAUACCUUUUGCUUUUGUCUUUUCGGUUAAAAGUAAUGACAGGGUUUGAUUUGAACUUAAAAUUUCUAAGCAAAUUGUAUGGAUGAGACACGCAGGAUCACAGUGGAUCUUAUUAAUCUUGUUUUAGCCCCAUUUCUCACACAAGAAAAUAGAUUUUUCUUGUGAAGACGAAUGUUUUCCUUUCUCUGAUAGUUUUGUCCACAGCGGUGCUACUCAAAAA